ACUGAUGUACACAUUUUUCAUCAUUGCUGCUACAACCAUCUCCUUACGCGAAGAGUUUUUAUGAAGGACCAGAGGAUUAUACGCUCCUGGUGAUCAGUACUAAAAAGACAGAAUGGAGAUUAAAGUGUCUGUUGAUGGAGUCCAACGAAUCGUUUGUGGUGUUACUGAUACAACAACGUGUCAAGAGAUCGUCAUUGCUUUAGCCCAAGCCCUGGGUCGCACAGGUCGCUACACUUUGAGAGAAAAUUUCAAAGGCUAUGGGCGCAACGUGACCCCUGAUGAGCAUCUCUUGGAGUCCCUGGAGAAGUAUGGCCAACAAGCCAGGGAGGUCCAGCUCACCCUGCACUAUCUAGGGCCCUCUCUUGUGGACUGGCCAAACAAGCCACGUGUCCAGUUGAGACGAGUAGAGGGAGGAGGAAAAUUGCGCAGGAGUAGUGCUGGAGCCAUCUUCCACCGGCAGAGCCUUCCUCCACUCUUCCAUCUCCACCCCAAAAGUCCCCUUGAAGAACUAAAGAGGCCCAAGAGGAAGUCAUUAACGCUGAUGGAGGAGGCAUGGGGUUGGCUGGAGAAUUUGGGUAAGGGAAGGAAGCAACAAUUAACACGAGAUAAGAGGGAAAAUGAGAAUGAUGGAGAAAAACAACUGGAUAACAUGGGAGCAAAGGCAGAUAAACCAAUGCUGGUCUCUAGGGUAUUACAAUUAAGAGAAAAAAAUAGAACCGCAAACAAGAAAUGGAGGCAUGGAGUAAAGGAUGAAACAGACCUAGGUGAAAGUACAACAGUCCAUGAAGGGCCAAGAAACGAAGUAUCUGCUACUAAAAACCAGGUUUCCGAAAACGAGGGAGCUUUUGACACAAUGGAGAACCUGAAAAAGUUAAUCUUUGGACAACAGGCUAGUCUGAGAGCACUUAAACUCAAAAUAGACAGCACAGACGAGCAGAUUUUCAAACUCGAAACACGGCAAGCAGAAUUAAUGACUGAUGAUGAAGAACAGCUUGAGUUUUGGCUCAAUGAGCUAAAAGCUGAAGAGGGUUAUGAGAAAGACUUGCAGAGACAGUUCUUAGAUUUAAAGGAGAAAGCCACAGAGUGCAAAAAUAAAUUAGAAGAGUAUAAAAUAAAGCUUCAGAGAAUGAGCCUUGCAAACAUGAGGCAUUCUGAGCAUCAACAAACAAAGCCUGACGGUGGUGAUAAUGAUCUCUCCGUUAGAAUGGUGAUGGACCGUACUUCAGGAUGUCUGGAAUCUGAAGAGAAAACAGCCACUGAUAUCGCAGAGGGAGUCAGUAAGGAGAAGACUGUGAUCACUAAAGUGGAAUCAAAACUCCCUUACAUCCUAGUUACUGCAAAUGAGAUAACGGAUGCCCAGCUAAGUAGUCCCUCUGAGCUCAGAGAAUGGUGGAGUCGAUGGACCGAAGCACAGAAAACCACUUCCAGGUCUACAUCAAAAGUUGUGCACCGCUCUGAAAUAAUAAUCCACCUUCGAAGUACAAGGGUUUAGAUGAGACAUCAAGAUUUCUAUAAAAUUUUUCACAGAAUUAAAAAAAAAAA